GCGCGCUUGCGCGUUCCUUUCAGCACCUCGAUGCGCGUGGAGAGCUCCCGCCCCUCACGUUAGUUCGCGCGCGCGUGAGGAUUCAACCGGUGGCUCUUGAUUUCUGACUCAACGCGAACCACGAACGGGCUUCUUAUCGCAACUCCGCCGCGUCGAUUAAAUCCUGAGAGGUGAUACGAAACAAGACUUUUAUGAGAACAUUACACGGCUUUUGUCUGUGAGAGUGAGAUGCCGUCCGCGAGGUGAGGGGAUCGCGCUGUCAGAAGGAUGCUGGUGGGAAAUGCCUGUCGACAGAGAGGACGAGAUUUGUCAGAAAGCGCUGGAGCUCUUGUCAGAUCUUUGCUCUAAGGGGGAGGUGCAGAACGAAAACUGUUUGGAUUUCAUUUAUUAUUUUCGAGAUCUCGCCAGGCCGAGGUAUUCAGACUCAGAAAUAUCUGUGAGCCUGCUUUCACUGGUGGUGACUGCCUGUGGUUUGGCCCUUUUUGGGGUCUCUCUCUUUGUCUCUUGGAAAUUGUGCUGGAUUCCAUGGCGCGAACGAGGCCUUUCGCCCAGCACCAAGGAGGGACAUCCAGAGCCGCCUCACCCUCCUCCUCCACCCCUUCAACCCCAUCCCAUCUAUACAGAGGUAGACACCACUCUCGACCGCCAAAAAAACGCCAGAGGUUCAGUGGUCAAGGAGACCACGGUGCCGCCAACCCCAGUUUCUCCAGCAGUCCCGGGAUGUCCUCCAGCUGUCCCUGUGCCUGAGGCAGCCCUGAAGAUAAGUCACACUUCACCUGAUAUCCCGUUGGAGGUGGAAUCCAAAACUCAAGAGAAUGGUGUCCAUGGCAGCACACGCAUGCAGAGGCAAGUCACAGACCCUUCCUCAACAUGUGUCAGGCAAAGUUCAAUUCGUCGUCAGAUGAAUCAGUCUAACCCUGACUUCACAGUGAGCCAGUUUCAGAGACAGGACUCUCUAACUGGUAUGAGCCUUGGCCAGCUAAAACCAGAGCUCUACAAACAGCGAUCUCUAGAUGGCGAGGAUAACCGGAGCAAUCGCGUGGACAGCUGUGGACGCCUCCAUUUCAUUCUCAAAUAUGACUGUGACCUGGAGCAGCUCAUUGUCAAGAUCCACCGAGCCCAAGACCUGCCUGCCAAGGACUUCUCUGGAACCUCUGACCCAUAUGUGAAAAUUUACCUUCUACCAGAUCGCAAAACAAAGCACCAAACCAAAGUGCAUCGUAAGACAUUAAACCCAGUGUUUGAUGAGGUCUUCCUGUUCCCUGUGGCGUACGCAGACCUGCCCACGAGAAAGCUGCACUUCAGCGUCUAUGAUUUUGACCGCUUUUCACGGCAUGAUAUUAUUGGGCAGGUGGUCGUUGACAACUUUCUGGACCUAGCAGACUUUCCUAGGGAGACUAAGAUCUGCAGGGACAUUCAGUAUGUGUCUUCGGAUAAUGUGGAUCUGGGCGAUUUGAUGUUUUCUCUCUGUUACUUGCCUACUGCUGGACGUCUGACCAUCACCAUGAUCAAAGCAAGAAAUUUAAAGGCCAUGGACAUCACUGGAGCUUCAGAUCCUUAUGUGAAGGUUUCUUUGAUGUGUGAUGGUCGGAGACUGAAAAAAAGGAAAACCUCUACCAAAAGAAACACAUUAAACCCAGUGUACAAUGAGGCUAUAGUGUUUGAUGUCCCUCCAGAGAGCAUUGACCAAAUCAGCCUUCUAGUAGCUGUUAUGGACUAUGACCGUGUAGGUCACAAUGAGGUCAUAGGAGUGUGUCGAGUAGGUAAUGAUGCUGAGGGUUUGGGCAGAGAACACUGGAAUGAAAUGCUGACUUACCCACGCAAACCCAUUGCACACUGGCACCCUCUUGUUGAGUAUCACAGUACUGGAGGUGGAAGUCAGGGGGGCUCCUGUAAUUCCCUGAAGGCCCCUCCAUCUCCAUAGCCUGAAGACAUGGAUGAUCUUCAGACCUACAACAGGAGGAGAGGAUUCAUGUGCAAGAUGUUUUACUCUGGGAUCCAGAGGUCCAAGAACAGAAACCUCCAGAUGGUCGUUGCUUACAACAAAAAUGCCACGUCAUUUUCUACCUGUGCAUCUGGAAGUUCUGCAUGGGGGAUAAUGAAUGUUUCAGAUGCAUGUUGGGUGGUCACAUACUGUAUGGUUAUUUUGUGCUACUCAUGGUGAAAUGGAAAAAGAAAAUAUAAAAGUGGAAAAGAGUAUUUUCAUGUUGCAAGUGUUUUCUAAAUCAGUCCUGGUACAUGUUUUUAAAUGGAGUGUCGAUGUAUCACUCAACAAUCUCUUGGUCAGAAUGUGAAUUUCACUUCUUUGUGUUUAUUUACUCCUCUCCUCAUCACAGCGCAUGGGUGUGUGUUUCGAUGUGGUACAGUUCAAGAUGUUCUCCGUUUCUGUUUGAAAUGCUCUGUGAAUUUUGUCAUAAAGAGUCUUGGUGGUGAACUGUUUGAAGACUUUGCAAGUAAAAUGUUAUUUCUCAUGUUAUGAAAAAAAUAUUUCUGAAAAAAACAGGAUUCUUUAAAUGAGUUUCUCCAUUACAUAUAUCAAAUCUGAUUUCUACAGUAUUUGCAGGUAAAAUGUGAUUCCAACAACGUACUUGUUUUACGUUUGGAUUGAUACUGUAAGGUUUAUUUACAAUGUAAACUUUUUUACAUAUGAACACUGAAACAUACAACAUUUCAGUUCUGGUGUGUUAUCAGAUGGGAUUUAUAAAGAUUUGUUACAUUUA